AUGACGACCAUCCCUCGACCAAACCCUGACGCUCUCACGGAGAAUGUCUCCAACCGAGUAGCUAUUGUCACCGGCGCCGCACGUGGCAUCGGGUUUGCCACGGCCAGCCUCCUGGCCCGCCACGGUGCCCGCGUAGUGCUAGUGGAUUUACACGAGGAUGCACUAAAAAGUGCGGUGGAGGCCAUCGGCCGGCAAGCUACAUACAAGACCUGUGACGUGAGCGACUGGGAUCAACAGAUCGCCUUGUUCCAGUGGGUCAUCGACACCGUUGGGCCCAUUGAGCUCGUGGUGUGCAACGCAGCCAUCAACCCCGAAAUCUCACUGCUCCAGACCCAAGAUGCCGAGCGACAAGCCCAGCUGAAUCGUCAAGCGCGCUACAAUUAUCUGGCGGAUGAAACGAAGGAAGGACAGCUUCGGCGCCCGUCAACGCAGCUCUUCGAUGUCAACAUCAACUCGGUCGUGUUUGGUCUCAAGUUAGCCAUCCACCACAUGAAGCAGGGAGAAGCAGGCGGCCGCAUCGUCGUCGUUGGCUCCGCGGGCUCCUACCUCCCUGUGCCUUCGCAGCCGCUCUAUACCGCCAGCAAGCAUGCGGUCUUGGGCCUUGUGCGCAGCACCGCCCUAAUCGAAGAGGUGACGCGAGCGAACAUCGCCAUUUCCUGGAUCGCGCCGUGGCUCACGCUGACCUCCAUGGUGGAAGGGCUGGAGGCGACCACGCAGCCCCACACGCUCAAGAGUUCGCCGGAGGAUGUUGCAUGGGCGAUCGCAGCGGCAGUGGCGUCACCGACAAGCUGGGCCAACGCCAAGGGUUUCUGGGUGCAGGGUACGACGAUCACCGAGGUGGAGGGUGCAUAUGGGGAGGUCGGUCAGCGGUUGAUCCGACCUGAGAACCAGUUCUGA